CACACACACUAGUGCAGUUCGCUUUUUCUGUAUAUUACAACUAUGUUAACAAACACACACCAUAAAUUAUAGUGUAGUUCGCUUUCUCAAUAUUACAACUACGUAAACACACACUAGUGUAGUUCGCAUUCUGAAUAUUAUAAGUUUAUAACUACGUAAACACACACACGCACGCACGCCGCACGCGGCCUUAUAGGAGUUAGGGCCGCUUUCACAGUCGUCUUGUUUGUUUUGAUCGUUACUAACAGUAUAGUAAUAGUUUUCCACGUGAAACUGGCCGAUGGGGUAGUGGCGGCUGCAGAGGAAGCGAGAGGUGUUGAAUGUGUGUGGCAAGGUGCGGGGCUAGGCUAACCCCGCAGCCGCCACUUCCCCAUCGGCCAGUUUAAAGCGGAAAUACUAUAGCGGCGAUCGCCGCCAUUGGUAACGAUCAAAAUAAACAAAAUGACUGUGAAAGCGGCCCUUAGUCAACAUGUAGGACAGACACACGUGAUGGUCUGCCGCACAACACACGAGUCGCCCCGCACCGCCCUCCCAAUGCCUUCACCCUGGCCCGCCAGUGCACGGAGCAGGGCACACGAAGCAUCAUAACCACUCUCUCAUCGCUCUUUCGAGAACCUUCUCGAUUGUUACUGGAGCACGUUUUAUCAGCUGCGCACCAACCAACAUACAUUUUCAAAUCUGGCGCACUCAGCAAUGGUGCAAGGUAUAAAGACGAUCGCUAUGGCCCGGCGCCGCCUCACCGCUGCUGUUAUCUAUCACGGGAACACCUCGCCGCUCCUGUGAGAAGACCGGCCGGCUCGUCCAGACUACCACCUGCUGCCCUCGUCCUCGUCAUCCUCAGUGACCUCCCGAAAAUGCGUGAAUGCAUCUCAAUCCACGUGGGCCAGGCCGGCGUGCAGAUGGGCAAUUCCUGCUGGGAGCUGUACUGCCUCGAACACGGCAUCCAGCCCGACGGACGCCUGGCGGUGGGGGACGCGGCCGCCACCAAUAACAACAACGACUCCUUCACCACCUUCUUCUCCGAGACGGGCUCCGGCAAGUACGUGCCCAGGACAGUCUUCGUCGACCUGGAACCCUCGGUCGUUGACGAGGUGCGGACAGGCCUGUACCGUCAACUGUUCCACCCCGAGCAGCUCAUCACCGGCAAGGAGGACGCCGCCAACAACUAUGCCCGCGGCCACUACACCAUCGGCAAGGAGGUGGUGGACCUGGUGCUGGACAGGAUCCGCAAGCUGGCUGAUCAGUGCUCGGGCCUGCAGGGCUUCCUCAUCUUCCGGUCCUUUGGGGGCGGCACUGGCUCGGGCUUUGCUUCCCUGCUGAUGGAGAGGCUCUCGGUGGAGUACGGCAAGAGGAGCAAGCUGGAGAUCGCCGUCUACCCCUCCCCUCAGGCCGCCACGUCCGUCGUGGAGCCUUACAACUCCAUCCUAACGACGCACACCACCCUGGAACACUCAGACUGUUGCUUCAUGGUGGACAACGAGGCCAUUUUUGACAUCUGCCGCAAGAACCUGGACAUCGGCAUGCCUACCUAUACCAAUCUGAACCGUCUCAUUGGACAGGUGGUUUCCUCAAUCACCGCCUCGCUGAGAUUCGAGGGCGCUCUCAACGUGGACUUGGCAGAGUUCCAGACAAACUUAGUGCCUUACCCAAGAAUUCACUUCCCGCUGACCACAUACGCGCCGAUCAUCUCUGCCGAGAAGGCCUACCACGAACAGAUGUCUGUGCCGGAGAUUACCAAGGCGUGCUUCGAGCCUGCCAACCAGAUGGUGAAGUGUGACCCACGAAAUGGCAAGUAUAUGGCCUGCUGCCUGCUGUACCGUGGUGACGUGGUGCCGAAGGACGUCACGACUGCCAUCUCCUCAAUCAAGACCAAGCGAUCCAUUCAGUUUGUGGACUGGUGCCCCACCGGGUUCAAGGUUGGCAUCAACUUCCAGCCACCCACCGUUGUGCCUGGUGGAGAUUCGGCCAAGGUGUCCCGUGCUGUUUGUAUGUUGUCCAACACCACGGCCAUUGCUGAGGCCUGGGCCCGCCUAGACCACAAGUUUGACCUCAUGUAUGCCAAGCGAGCCUUCGUGCACUGGUAUGUGGGUGAGGGCAUGGAGGAGGGAGAGUUCACAGAGGCUCGUGAGGACCUGGCUGCCCUGGAGAAGGACUACGAAGAGGUGGGGAUGGACUCUGCCGACGGCGAGGAGGCGGAUCCCGAUGAAUACUAACCUUGGGGCCUGGGAAUUUUGCAAGGGUCGCCUCGCUGCUGGGAUGGGACGAGAUACUCUUUGGAAGAUGCUAACUAUGGUUCAUACACGGUAUUGAUUUUGUGCAUGUUUGCCUUGCAUUCUUUACGUGUUUUAAAUGGCUGUAUAUUUGCUUCUGUGACUUCUCGACGAAAAUAUUGACAUGGAUUGGCUCCACUUUUAUCGACUUCCUGAAUGUGUCGGUCCAAAUAAUUAAUACUUCGUUGUGAAUAAAGAUUAUUAUAUGAGGACGAAUGGGAGCUAGAGUCCAUGGAUACUUCUGUACAAGCUUAGCUUAGCUGAUACAACAUCCAUUUCCUUAACUACAAUAAAUACUUUUGUGAACUAAAUAUACUUUGAACCAAGGUA